AUGUCCGGGCUCCAGACCCCAGAGCGGGUGCUGGACACACAGGAGGACGAGGACGCUGGUGACGGGCUGCAGUCCUCUCACCGCAUGCUGAGCUUCAGCGAUGCACUGCUGUCCAUCAUCGCCACUGUCAUGGUCAGUUUUGACACAAGCAUACGGAAACUUCUAGCAACCAAAAUCUCUGUUUACUUGAUGACAUUCCUACUCGUGACUGUGGCAUGGACAGCACACAUCAGAUUAUUCCAAGUGGUUGGGAAAAUCGACGACACGCUUGCCUUGCUCAACCUGUUCUCACUAAUGGUGACCUUUCCUGACGUACCGCUCGGCAUCUUUCUGUUCUGCGUGUGUGUGAUCACCAUCGGGCUCGUUCAGGCGGUGAUCGUGGCCUACGCCUUCCACUACCCACACCUGCUCAACCCGCAGAUCUCGCGCUCCGCAUGCAGGGACGCCUUCCGCCAGCACCUGCUGGGGCUGGUCCUCCGCGGGCCCGCGCUCUGCUUCGCAGCUGCCCUCUUCUCCCUCUUCUUCUUCCCACUGUCGUACCUGCUGAUGGCGACGGUCAUCUUCCUGCCCUACAUCAGCAAGGCCGCCAGCUGGUGCAAGGACAGAGUCAUGGGUCCAGGGGAGCCCCCUGUCCAGACCUUGGAGUUCUUCACCUUCGACCUACAUGAGCCCCUCAGCAAGGAGCGCGUGGAGGCCUUCAGUGACGGCGUCUAUGCCAUAGUGGCCACGCUCCUCAUCCUGGACAUCUGUGAGGACAACGUCCCAGAGCCCAAGGACGUGGAGGAGCGCUUCGGGGGCAGCCUGGUGGCGGCCCUGGCCACCUACGGGCCGCACUUCCUGGCCUACUUCGGCUCCUUCGCCACGGUGGGCCUGCUCUGGUUCGUGCACCACUCGCUCUUCCUGCACGUGCGCCGGGCCACGCGCGCCAUGGGCCUGCUCAACACGCUGGCGCUGGCCUUCGUGGGCGGCCUGCCGCUGGCCUACCAGCAGACGUCGGCGCUGGCGCAGCAGCCGCGCGAGGAGCUGGAGAGCAUCCGCGUCAGCUGCGUCAUCAUCUUCUUCGCCAGCGUCUUCCCCUUCGCCAUGUGGACCGUGGCGCUGCUGCGGGAGCGCGAGGCCCUGCAGCCGUCGGCACGCUUCGGCGGCCGCGAGCACGCGCUCAUGUUCGCCAAGCUGGCGCUGUACCCGUGCGCCAGCCUGCUGGCCUUCGCCUCCACCUGCUUCCUGCGCCGCUUCAGCACGGCCAUCUUCCACCUCAUGCAGGUGGCCGUGCCCUUCGCCUUCCUGCUGCUGCGCCUGUUGCUGCGCCUGGCGCUGGCCGGCCUGCGGGCCGUGAGGGGCCUGGUGCGGCCGGCGGGCCUGGCACCCUGCGAGCCGGGUGACGCGCAGGCCCAGCUCCUGCCCGCGCCCUGCUAG